CCUUAUUCAGAGGGGCAAGCGAGAUCGCAUAUCUGCAGAUGAAGAGACACUGUUCUCAUAAGAAAAAUAAAAAAUGAAAAAAGAGAGAGAUUUCUCUCUCUAUAAAGACUUCUAUUGACCCGUUGACUUGCCUUUACUUGAGUUUCAUAUAUCUCUCUCACCUCUGAAUUAAUAUUCUCCGUGCUGUAUUGCCAAGCCAGCGAGAAUGAAUCAACUUCCCAUAUUUACAAGUGGGUUUGAAUUGGCAAAUUUAGUGGUUAACUCUAAUUUACUGCAUCUCUCAUGGAGUUCAAUCUGUGCUCUGCAAGCUGAAGCCAACCCAUUUCACCACCACCAGCAGCAGCCUUUAUCUCUUAGAUGCAGAGUUGAUAAACAAUUGAAUUUCACUAUUGUAGCUUUGGGUACUUCACCCUCGUGUUUAAUUCAUCAUCUUCAACAAGAAGGAGAUCUGGUUUCAUCAAUAGCCCUUAAGCAGGAGAAUUUUCCCUUGUUUGAAUUCUUAUGUUCUAAAGGCAACCCAUCAUUCUCCAUUAAUAGAGCUGCAAUAGCUCUCUUUUAUCGUCAUUUUUCAGAACUCUCUCUCCUCAGAACCCAGUUUGUUGAUCCAGUGACUGGAAAUUUAUCAGUGAACACUCCAUUAAUUAUUACGGGAAAUUCUCUGGGUGGAUCAGUAGCUUCUCUCUUUACUUUAUGGCUGCUAGAUAGCAUCAAUCAACCCUCCACCAAGCGGCCUUUCUGCAUCACUUUUGGAUCACCUUUGAUUGGCGAUUCAGGCCUCCGACAAGCCAUUUCAGAACGCUCAACAUGGAAUUCUUGUUUCUUGCACGUUGCUGCCAACCGAGACCCAGCUCCCAGUCUCUUUCUCCCGCCACUCACUCCUCAGCCUUUGGCCUCAACUCCACAAACUAUUGUUUAUAUGCCUUUUGGUUCAUUUCUCUUGUGUUCUGAAUUGGGAUGUACCUGUGUUGAUGACCCUGAAGUAGUUGCUCGUUUAUUAGAAGCAAUGGCCUUGGGAAGCACAGGAAGUCAAGUUUCUGAUGAACACUUGCUGAGUUAUUAUGCAGCGAUAGUGGAUAAUCUGAAAGCCAGACUUAUCUUAAAGGGAAGUUCAUUGCGUGGUCUUUCGGUUACAAAUUCACUUGAGGCUGGGAUAAUUCUACAACUGGAAGCAAUUGGAGAUACAAGGUUUCAGCAACCACAGCAUAACAUGGAUUUCAGUAAUCUGAUUGCAAAAUUGAAAGCAAGGGAGCAAAUCUGUAUGUUAAAUAAAAGGAAAGCCUUGAAUCCAAGCCGAAAAUUAAAUGAUAUAAAGGUUAAAAUGGCCUUCCUCGAAUGGUACAAGAAGAGCUGCAAGGCCAAUCAAAUAGGUUACUAUGAUAGUUACAAGAACAAUCUUUCUAUGAGUGAUAGAGAAGUUACUAAGUACAAGAAAUUUCUUACAAAAUACUGGAAAGACAUGGUGGAAGAAGCUGAGAAAAAGCCCCACAAGGAGAGGGUAUUCAUUCGAUCAGCGUGGCUUUUUGCCGGAACAAAUUAUAGAAGAAUGGUUGAGCCUCUUGACAUAGCAGAAUACUACAGAACUUACGGCAAAAGAAACUACGAAACGGAGGGAAGGUCUAAACAUUACUUUCUGUUGGAGAAGUGGCAAAAAAAGGAAGCAGAGACACCUGCAGGGCCUCCGAGUAACAAGAAGAAGAAAAAUGUGGCAGGUACUUUGACAGAGGAUUCUUGCUUUUGGGCAAAGGUAGAGGAAGCUAUCAUUUCAUGUGAACUGUUGAAGGCUCCGACAAGCAGUGCCAUGGAGGCACAAUCAUCAAGGGAAUACCUAAUUAACUUUGAGAGGUAUGUAAUGGAGCAAAUAAAGAAUUAUGCAGUAUCUCCUGAGAUUUUCUUGAGAGGAAGCAGUCUUAUGAAAUGGUGGGGAAUGUAUCAGGACAUUGCCUCUAAUUUUGCACUUGUUGACUUUAUGAAGAACUGUAGAAGUGUCCAGUAUGAGAAGGGCUGCUUUUAGUUCUCUCACUGAAGAUUGUACUUUGUUGAUGGAAAUAAAAAUUUAUGUAUUUUUGAACCAAA